GCCAACAGCUGUGCAGCGGCAUAAAUGGAGACGAGUGAUGAUUUACGCCGGUGUUGCAUGUUAUGUGAAGCAGCACCAGGACACCAGUUUUUCGUCUUUCCAUCCUUGAAUUCGUUACCAUCGACGAUCCAUGGAAUACGCAUCUACAACGCAACACUAUGGAUCCGGCUCGAGCUAAAAGUCAAAAGCCAUGACACCGUGUGGGCUCCGUUUGGCAACAAAAAUCUCAUUUUGUGGAUUUUCCGGUUAAUCAGUGGUUCAAAGAAUGUACUCAACGAUGAAGAGGAAUUUUCCAAGCAUACUGCCAUGGUGGCGAAGCACACGAUAUCGGUGGACAAACUAGGCUGGCAGGAAAUCGAUAUAACGAACGCAGUUCGCACAUGGCAUUCGGAGAAAACCAACGAUAGUUUACGUCUUUUCGUCGAUUGCUCCGGUUGCGGGAACAAAAUUACCAUUCACUUAUUCGAUGAAAAUCAAAACAAAGUAAAGGAGUCAUUUUUAAAAGCGCAGAAGAUUAAUCCAAAAAAGAAACCAGAAGGUUUUAUCGACUACAACCGACCUUAUCUAUUCGUGAGCCUUGCCACUAAUCACGUUAAACGUCUCCGCCGACGUGCACUCGAUUGUACUGGGGCGCCAAACGAAGCGUGUUGCAAGCAGAAAUUUUACGUCGACUUCAAAGCCCUUAAGUGGGACGAUUGGAUCAUACGACCACAUGGAUACUACGCAAACUACUGCAAAGGAAGCUGCCUGCUGCCGGACAAAUUUUCUGCAGAAUAUCAGUACGUGGUAGACGAAUACCGACGACAAGGCCAGGUCACUGGCGUUCACCAAUGUUGCGCCCCUACGAAGUAUUCGCCAAUGUCACUCAUUUUCUAUGGACCGGGUUCACGUGUCAUCAAACAGGAUCUUUCAAAGAUGAUUGUCGAAGAAUGUGGUUGUCCUUAAUUUUUUUAUUCAUUCAUUUGCUACCAUUUUUAACAGCUCAAUUCACUCUUAACUAUUUACAACUAUGUAACAAAGCGAUUUAAAAAUAAAAAUUCCAU